ACACAUGUACAGUGCGCACACACUCUCACUCAGUCAGAGCAGAGCAGAGGAGCUCUCAUCCAGAUCCGUGCCAGGCGCAUGGUCGACUUUUGGUUUCUGCGCGGAUUCAAUCACAUUUUGUUUCAUUUUUACUUCAGGAGUAGUUGAAACUUAAAUUCGUGACAACUUUUAGGUGUUUUCAAAGUGGAUUGGUCUCGCCUGUUGGAUAUAUCCUUUGGAAUUACAGUUGGAUACUCCGCGAAGCACAGAAGUCAUCAGCAGCUCGACCCGGAUUGUUACUUUCCGAAGCAGGAGCGCGCAGGGGCAGCCCGGAGCUCUCCAAGGGAAACACUCUAUCCGUGCGUCUCUGCCUGGGCUCUGGCUUUUUAAGCGAGCCGUCCCAGAUAUGGUGGGGCACCUCCACCUACAAGCGAUGGAUGAUAGCCUGAAAGGAAAAAACCGAGAGGGGCUGCUCGACAGCCCGGAUUCGGGACUGCCCCCGAGCCCCAGUCCGCCCUUCUGCUCGCUGUCCCCGGGUCUGAUCGAGUCGCGCUCCAGCAGCUGCACGACGCCCGAGGAGAGGCACCAUGGAUGUUAUAGGAAGGAGAGCAGAGAGGGGAAACUGCUGCCCUACCUGCUGCUGAACUCCACAGGAACAGACCCCAAGACUCGCAUGUACCCCGUGUUCUUCGGGGAAAGCAUCGAGGUCAACCCCAAACCAGAGCAGGAAAUCAAGUGCAUCUCUGAGGUCAAGUAUGACUCCGACAAGCAUUACCGGGACCAGGUGUACUGCACCCCCGUUCCCACGGCCACCUCCUUCAGCGAGACAGUGGUCGCGGUGCAGAACUGCACAUGGAGGAGCUACAAGUCCCAGGUGUACCUGGAGCCGCGGCAGAGGCCCAUCAGCUACCAGAGUACCACCAUCAUCUACCCCAAACACGCCAAGAACACUUAUCGCACCACGCUCAACUACAACGCCACGGGUUCCCGCCGCUGGUUUGUCUCCACGGUGCAGCUGGAGUCGAGCGAGGAUACUAGUCCCUGUAUCAUCUACACCGAGGACCUGUAGAGCUCAGCCCGCACAGGGGGAUGGCUACCUGGCAACCAUCUUGUUUUUUCUCAGAGGAUGAGGAUCGAGGGAGGUCCCAUUUGGAAAAAGGAAAUACUUCAAGUGUUGUCUGGAGGCCCUACAAACCCUGGUCUGUUCAUCUUCACGUGCCAUGGAGGAAACUCUGGGAACCUUCAGUGACAUUUCACCUGAGUGUCUUUAGACUUUCUACUAAGGCCGUCUUUAGAAAGGGACUCCUGGCAGUUUAAAGCUGCACUUGAAUGGUUAAUGUCUUAUUUAAUACAAGAGCUGACAAAUUGGUGGCUUUCCGGUUUUAAAUGAUCAGAUUGCAGACGUCUGUAUAUGUAGAGAAAAGUCGAGAUGACACGAGUUGUGGGAGUUCGCGCAAACUCCGGUCACACCAAUGCAGAGCUUGCUAAUAUGGCUUUAUUGCACUUGUUUUCUAUAUAUCACAGUCCUCUCAGUGGACGUGGAAUCGCAGGGGGAGGAUUUCAGGUCUGCGUUUGAAAAAUUGGACCAAAGACUGUUUAUCUCUGCAAUGAGUCCCCACUAUGAGACAGCUACACAGUUUUAACCACACAUUUAAGCAACAGCUUGUUUGGUUUGGUCAAGCAAGAAAUAUCUGCACACUGCAGGUGUUAUUCAGGAUUAUUCACACGAACCAGAGGGAUGUGUAUAGAGUGGAGACUGGAGUCUAAUCCUACAGAACGAUCACAGCACAGUGUACCUGAGGCCUGGAGAGAUUUAUAAGAGAUGUUUGAAGCCUCGAAAACCUGGUUUCACGUCUGAGAAUUUGAUAAAUAUUGAACCGUGUUGGAGCACUGGACUUUUGGUCUUAACUUAAUUUGAAUACUUUGGUUAAAGCAAUAUCACAGUUAAGUUGUUUUUUUCAGUAAACUGGUUCUUGUGUGGUCUCAAGGGGGUGCUGGAGAGCUGGAGAGUUGGAGUGCCACAAUCAAGGUUAACAUUUAUGGGAAAUAUAUCCUCAUGAUAACAGUUUUAUUUAUUAAGAGUUUAAUUACAAAAACUCAACUGAUCUGCUUCGUGAUUGCAGGACCACAUCAUCUGUAUUUUCAGAAUUAUUGAUAAUACUGAACAAAUAUGGCCUCUGAUAAUGGUGGCAAAUGGGAAUUAGUUCAUGACUUUGUCUUUUCAAUCCAUGUAACAGUUUGUUUGAUAUGAUAACUUGUUCUGGUUUCACUCAGACAAUGAUGAGGAAAAACAUGCGAGAAUCAGAGGGAAGUGACACUUCUCUGUCCAGCUCUGGUUACAGAACUAAAAUGGCGCUGAUUACUUCUCCAUUACAACUUCUCCGGAAGUUUCAUGCUACAAACAAUCGACAAGUCACUGUUUCACUUCUCAAUGAAAGGCCGACAUUGUUCUGGAUUGCACCAGCUCUUCAUAAAUGUGUCACGUAGUUUGUGGAUAAAGUAGCUGCUCAUUAACUCAGCUACUUCCAUCGCUGUCGCAUCCCAACUCGCCGAAGUGUCAAACGCUAAGCGUCAGAGGAGCAAACAAUGAAUUGAUUCAUAACUACUUUGUGAAUGUAGUUGAUAUGAGUUAUUAACUUGACAAUAAUGGACAAUGCUAACAUUUAUUAGCCUGACACUUUUAGCAUGUGUCAUAUGGGACAUUUCAACCAUUUUUAUUUUUUGUUAUACUACGAAUGUGCCAAACAGUAGCUCUGUGAGUCGGUGCAGUCACUUACACGUGGCCCUUUAAAUAAUAACCAGUCUUUACUCUAUUUGUUUGUUUAAUGUGACCCCCUCUAAAUACAGGCUGUGUCUGAAAUUACAACUACGUAGUGGAGGAUAUAGUGAGCUCACCAUUUUGUUGUGCUGUCCAAAUGUUUAGUGACGGUUUUAAUAUAGUGCACAUUGCACAGUUAGUGACCAUCAAUUGACCAAAGAUUGUGUACAAUUGAUGAUCACUAACUGAGCAGCAUCUACCAACAGCCCGACCUGUCGUACAGAUGUAAAUAAGAGCGGCGCAGCUCAUCACAAACUGAGACAAACAAGUUUAUCUCUACUCUUAAAGAUUGUCAUUCAUUUUUUUACCUUAAAGUUUAAACACUAACUGUAAAAUAAACACUGUGGGAUUGCGACAAUGAUUUGUCCUUUUUCUUCUUCUGAUGAGCUCUCUAGAGUUUAUUGUUCUCUAGAAGACCACAUAUAGCGAAAUGAGUGGGAGAUUCCAGGCCCAAGCCAUGUGAUAUUUCAAGCUCCACUAAGUGAACUUGUAAAUUUAUGAAUUGCUGGUGCAGCCGAGUGUUUCACUUUGUUUUUCAGAUACCACCAAAUUUUUAUUGUGGGACGUUUGUGUUUUAUAUUGUUUCAAAAGCAUGAAUUUCCUCUGGUAUCACCAACAUGUAAAAAGUCGAGCAGUGAUUAGUUUUCCCUGUUGAAGAUGUAAAAUAGAUUUUUUUUAUUAAUGGAGCGUUUUCAUGACUUCUUUAUGUGUGUCUUAUAUAUAUAUAAAAAAAAAAUAUAUAUAUAUAUAUUUAGAUUAUUGAACAUGGCAAAUAUUGAGACUUGGGAUUUUACCUCAAAUUUUCUAAGAAGGUAUCAGUUUUAUGCAAAUAUGUAUUCCCAAUAUUUCAACGGAGGUCAUGAGCUUGAGAUCUUGUUUCAUUUCGUAGUUUGAAAAGCCCUCCAGGUGUGUGUAAAGUGGAAAGGACGUGAAGGCUGUGAAUCUGAGGUGGUUCAUCACAUACUGGGUUCAAAUGAGGGAACAGUAAGUAUAGCAGAACAAAGAGCGAGACACCAGGAGAUGAGAUGAGGCCCUUGUUCUGGAAACGGCUCUUUGUGCAGAGCAGUAAAGCUGCUGCUGCUGAGAUGAUGGGGCGCUGCGCUACGUGUUGAUGGUCUGUGAAAUGUCAGAGAAAAACCUGAGACAGAGUUGGAGGGUGUCAAAUCAAACACGAUGGUGGUUUUGUGUGAGAUACUUUUUGUGUUUCCUAACACUUGAUUUUGUUACUGUAAAAUAUUCUCCUGUUGUAUAUGUGGCAUUGAGGCACUUCAUAAUUCUCUUUAUAUUUUUGUACGUCGAUAAUUGUUCCUGGUUUGAUCGAGGAAAAUAAUUUAAAAAGAUGCAUUAUCCUAAAUGAAUAAAAAAGAAAUUCCCAAAACACUAA